AUCAGCUGCUCUCCCUCCUCUCGCUCCCUGUUUCUCUGUCUUCCUAGCUAGCAUAGUGUUGGAGACCUAUGGCCGGAGUGCGGGGAGAAGAGUUCGACGAGGGAGACGUGUGGGACGUGCUGCAGGACGAUAGCCGCCAUCAGGCUCAGGCGGCGCCGCUCACGGCGGCAACAACUACUACUCCACCAAGGAAUACUAUUAGGAGGGGCGGGAAGAACAAGUGCAAGAAGGCCAUCACGACGAUGUCGUCCAAGGAGUACGAGCCGGCUGCAGGCGCGAGGGGCGGCAACAACAAGGGCGGAGGAGGAAGGUCGUCGGCGCCGGUGGCCAUUCCGGCUGGCAGCUCGAGCUCGGCGAGGCGAGGCGGCGGCAGAGGUGACGAGGAGGACGAUGCGGGGGAGAUGCUGCCUCCGCAUGAGUGGCUGGCGAGGAAGAUGGAGCGGAUGGGCGGCGUGGCGUCGGCGUCGCCGCCGGAUCAGGCGGGGAGGAGCAAGGGGCGGGAGCUGACCAAGGUCAGAGACGCCGUGCUCCGCCUUCUCUGAGCGCGCGGUAGCUUAUUACUAGUAUUAACUAUUAAGCUUAAGCUAGGUGGUGGUCAAGGUCAAGCAUGCAUCGAUCUACGUACUACACAGCUCACUAAAGCAAGGAAUUAGUGCAUGUUCCUUGCUCGAUCGAUCAAGGUAGCUAGCUAUCUACUGCCAAUAAGAUGCGCGAAUGCUCGAUCGUAUGAGUUAGCUGCUAAAUUUCUUGCUAGUACGGGGUGGCUUCUUUUUGGGGGAAGUAGUACUGCUAAAUUUCGAUCGUAUGAGUUACCACGCAAUCUGUAUUUCUGUGUACUAUUGCAAUGCAUAAUAAUUAAGUAAAUACUAGUUCAUGUUUA